AUGGCUUUUGAAUCCGAAGCACUUGUGGCAAGAGGGCCCUUCUCGGAAGGCAAAUGGGCGCUGGAACCUGUGAAGCUGCGAGAAAUACGCCAUGAUGAAGUCGUAGUGCAGAUGGUUGCCUCUGGAAUUUGCCAUACGGACCUCCAUUGCGGAGAUACACCAGCCGAUGCCGGGGUGCCCGGAGUAUACUAUCCGCGAGUGCUUGGCCACGAAGGCUCUGGAUAUGUGGUGCGAACUGGAAGCGCAGUCAAGAACGUGCAGCCUGGCGACCCCGUUCUUCUCUCGUUCUCAUACUGCGGAGAAUGCCAUGUCUGUAUUUCUGGUACACCAUCACAUUGCGUCAAUUUCUUCGACAUCAAUUUCAUGGGAGAGCCUGUAUUCGAAGGCGGGAUUGGAGGCCGAUUCUUUGGUCAAUCCAGCCUUGCCCGGCACUCUAUCGUGAGUGACAAGUCCGUGGUCAAUGUCUCCGGUUUGGGUCUCAGCAGAGAUGACCUGAAGCUCCUUGCACCACUGGGGUGUGGUUUCCAAACAGGCAGCGGCACAGUGGUUAAUGUUGCCAAAGCCGGCCCUGGCGACUGUGUCACUGUGGCCGGCAUGGGGGGCGUUGGAUUCGCCGCAGUCAUGGCGGCCAAGAACCGAGGGUGCAAGGCCAUCAUCGGGCUCGACCGAGUCGAGAGUCGGCUGGCGCUGGCGAAAUCCUUGGGGGCCACGCACACCAUCAACACGACAAAUCUCGAGAUGAAGGACAUUGUCGCGCAGAUCAAGGAAGCGAGCGAGGGCCUGGGCUCUACCGUGAGCAUCGACACGACGGCAUUCCCGGCCCUUGUUUCUGCGCAGAUCGAGGCGACGCGGUACAUGGGCAAGGUGAUCCAGGUGGGAACGGGAAUGCCCGACGCCAAUCUGUCACUGCACAUGCAGAGCUUCAUGGUGAGCGGCAAGCAGUAUCUCGGGGCCGUGCAGGGACACGCCAGGACGAGCGAGUCUAUUCCGGAAAUGAUCAGGUGGUGGCGCAGAGGAGAAUUUCCCGUCGAGAAGCUCGUCACCUUUUUUGAGCAUGAAAAUUAUGCCCAGGCCCUCCAGGCCAUGAAACGUGGUGAGGCGAUCAAGCCAGUCAUUGUUUGGUGA